AGUCGUUUGCAUUUUUGGUCCUCGCGCCGCGCCGCCCCGACCUCGACGCUGUCUGCCCAGUCCCCAUCGCGUCGUGCAGACGAUCCUUGUCGCCGGGCCCCCCUCCUCCGCCCCGAUCCCCCUCUCAGCGUUGGGCUGGCGGGCGACGCUGGGGCAUCCCAGCCAACCGCGCUCGCCUGCGCCUGGGUCGCGAUGCCGGCCAUGUCCAAGCUAUCUCAGGGCCGGAAAUCCGCCGUGAUGCCGGCCGCUGGCGCGGCCGUGGCGCUCGGGGGCCUCGGUUGCUUCGUCGCUCCCGCCUCCAGCCCGGCCGCUGCGCCUGCGCGAGCCGUGGCCGCGCCCGCGGAGGGCGUGCCACAUCAACCAGGCCGUGACCGUGGCGCUGGCGUUGGCACCGUCUGCGGGGUGGCGGUUGCCGCCGCGGCGGGCGCGUCGGCGGCGCGCCGGCGGGGCGCUGGCCGCCGGCCCGCCUCUUCCCGCACCGCGGCGGCCGCGGUGGCCACCGAGG